AUGUCUUCCAAGCCCAUCUUCGUGGCUACCCACCCACGGGCCUGCUCAACGGCCUUUGAACGGGUUUUCAUGACGAGACGAGACAUUCUGCACUGCGUCCACGAGCCUUUUGGCGAUGCCUUCUACUACGGCCCCGAGCGGCUCAGCUCGCGCUUCGCCGACGACGCCGAGGCCCGCAAGAAGAGCGGCUUCGCCAACACCACGUACAAGACUAUCAUGAACAGCCUCCAGCGGGAUAUUGCCAACAAGCGCGUCUUUAUCAAGGAUAUCGCGCACUACCUGCUGCCGCCAAACGGGCAGCCGGCCACAAUUGCGCCGUCGCUGCUGGGCCCCUCGUCGAGCGAAGCGGUCAACGGAGCGACAGCAACAACAAAAACAACAACAGCAGACGAGAGCAAAAACUCGACCGUGGUCCCGACGGACGUGCUGCGGCAGUUCCACUUCACGUUCCUGAUCCGGCACCCGCGCCGCGCCAUCCCGUCGUACUACCGCUGCACGGUGCCGCCGCUGGACAAGGUGACGGGCUUCUACCACUUCAUGCCGAGCGAGGCCGGCUACGACGAGCUGCGGCGGCUGUUCGACUACCUCAGGGACCAGGGCAUCAUCGGGCCGGACGUAGCCACUUCGGACGGGAAGCCGCCAGCGGCACCGCCUAGCAGUGACAGUGACAAGGUCACCGUGACCGUCGUCGACGCCGACGACCUGCUCGACCAGCCCGAAAACGUCAUCCGCGCCUACUGCGCGCAGGUCGGCAUCGACUUCUCGCCCGCCAUGCUGCGCUGGGAGGACCCCGACAGCCACGCCGAGGCCAAGGCGUCGUUCGAGAAGUGGAACGGCUUCCACGACGAUGCUAUUGGCAGCACCUCGCUCAAGCCCCGCGCCCACGCCGCGAAAACACCCACCGCCGAGGAAGAGGACGAGCAGUGGCGCCAGAAAUUCGGCACCAACGCCCAAAAGGUCAUCCGCGCCUGCGUCGACGCCAACGUCCCCGACUACGAGUACCUCAAGUCGUUUGCCAUGAAGUUUUGAGCUAGCGAGGAGGUAGUGUAACAAAAGGGGCAACUCUUCUCUGGAUACCUACCGUGAAUAGGUAUUUCCAGGGAGCCUUAUGGGUGUUUUAGUAUGGGAGAUGAGUGAGAGGGGGUAUAGAUGAUGCAUUUGACCUCCUUUCUCAUUUUUCUUUUUUUAGGGGGAGGAGGGGGAAUAUUUAAAAACAAAAUAAGCACGGCCAUGCGUGUC